AUGGUCUCAGAGGAGGUGACAAUGAGGAUUCUCAGAGGUGAAGAGGGGAGGGUUGGUAAGGAUAGAGAGAAAGAGGCCGUUCCCGAUGGUCACGUCACGACUUAUGAUAAGCACAGGGAUUAUGCGAAUCGGGUGUAUGCUUCAGAUGAGGGCCUUCCAGUCCACUUCUGCAACAGUCUUCCAAAAAAGGACGAAGUGGUGACUUUGGUUGAUGAGGAUGGGAUUGAGUAUUCGACAAUAUAUUUGGCAGGAAAAACAGGACUUAGUGGUGGAUGGAGAGGUUUUGCAAUUGCUCAUGACCUAACUGAUGGGGACGCUUUAAUUUUUCAAUUAAUUAAGCGCACCACAUUCAAGGUGUACAUUGUUAGAGCAGAUUGUCCUCCAGAGGAUAAACAGCUUGAGUGA